ACGUUACGUCAGCACGUGCGAGCGACAAGGCCGGGUGCCCGGAAUAGAGAGGGGGCGCUUCCUGUGCGUGUUGGCUGUGAGAAGGUCUCUGCCGGGUUGUAGAGUUUGACCUCAUGGCGGAGAUAAUUCAGGAACGCAUAGAGGAUCGACUCCCCGAAUUGCAACAGCUGGAGCGCAUUGGACUGUUCAGUCGUGCGGAGAUUAAGGCUAUCAUUAAAAAGGCUUCAGAUCUAGAAUACAGAAUACAGCGAAGAACUCUUUUUAAGGAAGACUUUAUCAAUUAUGUUCAAUAUGAAAUCAAUCUUUUGGAACUGAUCCAGCGAAGACGAGUUCGUAUUGGGUAUUCAUUUAAGAAGGACGAGAUUGAAAAUUCUAUCGUACACCGGGUACAAGGUGUCUUCCGACGUGCGUCAGCCAAGUGGAAAGAUGAUGUUCAACUUUGGCUGUCUUAUGUAGUCUUUUGUAAGAAGUGGGCUACCAAAGUUCAACUUAGCAAGGUAUUCUCUGCCAUGUUGGCCAUUCAUUCGAACAAGCCAGCCUUGUGGAUUAUGGCGGCCAAAUGGGAAAUGGAAGAUCGCUUGUCUUCAGAAAGUGCAAGACAACUAUUUCUUCGGGCUCUGCGCUUUCAUCCAGAGUGCCCGAAACUUUAUCAAGAGUAUUUUAGGAUGGAGCUGAUGCAUGCUGAGAAACUGAGGAAGGAAAAGCAAGAGUUUGAAAAAGCCAAGAUGGAUGUGGGGAAUCUCGAGUAUGCUGAAGAAAUCCUUAUGGGCGAGUUGGCAAGGAUCAUCUACAAAAAUUCUGUAAACAUAAUUAAAAGUGCAGAAUUUCAUGUGUCACUGCUUUCAAUUGCACAGCUAUUCGACUUUGCCAAAGAUCUGCAAAGAGAAAUUUAUGAUGACCUUCAGGCUCUGCAUACAGACGACCCCCUCACUUGGGAUUAUGUGGCCCGCCGAGAAUUAGAGAUCGAGUCACAGCCAGGAGAAGAGCCGCCCACAACGAAACAAACCAAAGUGGCAGAGGUGGGCCGCCGGGAGGAGAGGUGCUGUGCUGUGUAUGAAGAGGCGGUGAAGACUCUGCCUACAGAGGCCAUGUGCAAGUGUUACAUCAACUUUUGCAUGGAAAGGUUUGCUAAGAAGACAAGCAGUCGGCACCUCAGAGAGAAGAGGCUGGAAAGAACCAUGGUUGCAUUCAGGAAGGCACAUGAUCUCAAACUUCUAUCAGAAUUCCAGUACAAGCAGUGGAGCGAGUUGUUGCUGCACCAUGACUUCCUUACAGAAGCUCUGGAGGUGGCAGGAGCCGGGAUGGAAUUGUUCAGAGGCUCUGUGAUGAUGUGGCAGGUGAAGCUGCAGGUCCUGAUUGCCUCAAAGAGCCCUGACGUAGCCAUGCUUUUUGAAGAAGCCUUUGUGCACCUGAAACCCCAGAUUUGUCUGCCAUUGUGGAUUUCUUGGGCAGAGUGGAGUGAAGGUGCCAAAAGCCAAGAAGACACUGAAGCAAUCUUUAAGAAAGCUGUCUUAGCUAUCACGGGUGGCGACUCAGUCACUCUGAAGGAUAAGUACCUGGAUUGGGCUUAUCGAAGUGGUGGCUACAAAAAGGCCAGAGCUGUGUUUAAAAGUUUACAGGAAAGCCGUCCAUUUUCAGUUGAUUUUUUCAGGAAGAUGAUCCAAUUUGAAAAGGAGCAAGAAUCCUGCAAGAUGGCGAACUUAAGAGAAUAUUAUGAGAGAGCUUUGAGAGAAUUUGGAUCUGUAGAUUCUGAUCUUUGGAUGGAUUACAUCAAAGAAGAAUUGAACCACCCCCUUGGUAGACCUGAGCACUGCGGACAGAUCUACUGGCGAGCCAUGAAAAUGUUGCAGGGAGAGUCAGCAGAGCUGUUUGUAGCUAAACAUGCUGUGCACCAGGCCGGCCAGCUGUGAAAAGAGGAAGAACACAGCCAACUUUGUGAAAUAGUGUUGUAAGCCCUCUGCAUAGUUUUGUAUUAUGCAUUCAUCUGCAGUUUGCUUAGAUG